UAUUUAGUGACAAUGUUUUGACUGUUAAUGCCGUUUAAAAAUCCGAAGAAUUUAAUUUCAGUUGCCUAAAUUUUCUUUACAGUUUGGUUAGGCCCUACACGCAAACUACAUAUCCCACACUGCAUUGCGGCUGCUUUACGUAACAUUUUGCGACUUUGUCAAACGCUUUCUGACGUACCGUACCACGAUUCAACAACCCAGUUACUACCUCCAUGUAAGUGGAUCAAAAAUGUUCAAUAAAAAGCCCCGGAGGAACUUUCGGCAGAGAAAAGAGAAGUCCAGUGACGAGGAGGACGAGCAGAAGACCCGGGGAGAUGGAGAGGGAAAGGAAAAAGCUCCAGCUGCCGUAAAUAAGCUGUCCAAACUGGCCCAGGGCCGCGGCAUUACUUGUAGCUCCAAGCGGGAAGCGACGUCUCCCAAGCCGGACAGCAGUGACGGAGAAGACGGGGAGACGCUGGAAGUGACAGAAGAAAGAGAAGAGAGAAAUAAAGACAACGAUGAUAUUAAGAAGAAAACUAACUCCAUACUCAGUUUCGCUGACGACAAAGAAGCUAAAGAACCAACCUUUAAACUGAAGAAGUCAUCUGAUAAAGCUGUGCUGUUCCAAGUAAGAAAGAAGGAGGCUUCACCUGCCAAGACCAACCAACGCACAGCCCCAGCAGGUGAAGGUGUCCCACCAUCUGCUUCUCCCAGGCAAGAUUAUGACAGUCAGGCUUCACCACGUUCGCAGCUCCACACUGAUGAUGAUGAUGAUGAUGACGGUGAUGAUGAUGACGACAAUGACAGUGAUGAGGGGGAUGCCAGGUCUCUCUCAGCUAGCUCAGACUCCAGCCGCUCUGCUACUAAACCAGUAGUUAUACCUAAUGCUAAAGAAAUCAAGGCAGCCAGGUGGCAGCGUCGCGCCACUCGAGCACAGAAAGAAUACAUAUCCCUGGGUCGAGAUGGCCACAGCUCUGCUGGUAGCACCCCCGAUCACUACAGCAGGGAAGAUGAAGAAGAGAGAGUUGUUGAUGAUGAUGAUGAGCCAGAUGAUCAUGAGAGAAGAAUCGAGUUCGCCCCAAGAUUGAAGAGCAUUAGGGAGAGGAUUGCCGAGAAACUUGGAGAAAGUGAUGACAGUCUCGCAGGAACUGAUGGAGAAGAGCAGGAUCUUUGGGAGGAGACACAAAUUGAGAAGGGUGUUAAGAGACGGCCAGGAGAACAGAGCCCAUCGGGCAGUGAAUCCAGCAGCUACAGCUGCAGCAGCAGCAGUAGGCGCAGACAACGACAAAAAAAGAGAUCGAAAGGGCUCAAAAUCCCAACUUUUCCUGUCAUCAGUGUCUCAAUGGUUAAGAAGAGGAUCACUGGAAUACUAGAAUCCCUGAAGGAGGUGCACAGAGCACGGCAGGCGGAGCUGAGGAGGAUGGAGGGCGACGCUGAGAACGCGAAGUGCUCCGCAGAGAAUCUUGAGGAAAGUUCCUCAGAGAACCAGCUGAAGUUUUACAGGUCCAUGACCCUCUAUGUCCACAACGUGGUGGACUGUCUACGGGAGAAGAUUGUUGAGAUCAACUCACUGGAACUGGAGUUGCACUCUCUGCUGUCUGACCAGAUGGAUGCGCUGUUAACGCAGAGACGACAGAGGACCAAGGAGCAGGCUGACCACCUGCAGCAGAUCAGCUACGGCACAGAUGAGCAGAGUGGAAGCUCAACCAAUGGAACAGAAACUGAAGGCGAGGCAGACUCUGCUGUUCAUGCUGAUAUACCUGAAGACACACAGCCCUCAGCAGAAGAGGAGGAGCAGCUGCAGAAGAAGACAGCCGAUAUCCUCGCCAGGUCCCAGGCAGUGUUUUCUGACGUCCAGGACGAGUUCCGCGACGUUAAGAAGAUUUUGACCCGAUUUGGAGAAUGGAGAGGAUCUUACUCCGACUCUUACCACAGCGCCUACAUCUCUCUGUGUCUGCCCAAGUUGUUGAACCCCAUCAUAAGACAUCAGCUACUGGCGUGGAACCCACUGAAGGACGAUAGUGGGGACUUUGAAAACCUCCCAUGGUUCACAGCAGUGGAGACCUUUUGUCACGGUCAUGGCCACGAGGAGCUAGAGCACACAGACAGACAGACGCUGUCUAAUGUCAUAGAAAAGACUGUUCUAGCCAAAAUAACAGCGUAUGUGGAGCUGGUGUGGGAUCCCAUGUCCCGCCGUCAGUCAGUGUGUCUAUCUGACGUUUGUCAAACUCUGAAGGAGGACUAUUCCAUCUUUGAAGGAGAGCAGAGUAAACCGGUCAAGGCAUUGAAAGAGGCUGUGAUCAGCCAACUGAGGAGCUGCGUAGAUGAAGACGUCUUCCUCCCUCUGUACCCCAAGACGUUCCUAGAAGACAGGUCGUCUCCUCAGUGUCGCUUCAGGGAUCAACAGUUCUGGACGGCCAUAAAACUACUAGGUAACAUGGGGAAAUGGGACUUGCUGCUCCCUGAGAAUGUAUUGAAGGAACUGAUGUUGGACAAACUGCUGAACCGAUACCUGAUGAUCACCUUGUGCAGUCAGACACUGCACAAGAAUGCUGUCCAUGCAUGCACAAAGAUAGCAGAUAGUCUGCCGCUCUCUUGGUUCAAAGGAGAGAAUUCCUGUUUGCCUCAGCUCCAGAAUUUCAGGAACCACCUAGUUCAGAAAGUUCAUACCAUCUGCAAAGAGCAGCUUCCUGAAGAUGCAAACACCAGGUCUGCUGUGGUUGAAGUGCUGCAGAUUUUGAGUAGAAUCCGGUGCAAUGACUCCAUCAUGGCGAUAGCAGAGAAAUACCACUACGAAGAUGUCAUCUACUCUCACCAGCUGCUGAACCAAGAGACCGAAUAAACGCUGGAUCAAACGGCAACAUAGUAGGCGCUUAUUGUCAAAGACAUUUUACAGCAGGAGAGGAACGGAGCGGGCUCUGCCUUGUGUUAAAGGUAGCUGAGCUAGAUCACAUAUGGGACGAGCAAAGAUGUCUUCUUAUGGUGGAUAGCCACUAAAAUACUGCUUGUGAGGUGCCAAGAUAAAUUGUGUGGGGUAAAUAAUUCACCUUCCUGCUAUUUUCAGUCAAAUAUUUUCUGUUUUGUACAUGAGAACUGUAUUUUUAUGAAUAAAAUUUGAAUUUUAUUUACACCCAAGUUGACUUGAUCAUGACAAGUCAUGGCACAGCGUGUUAGAUUUUAUAGCAGCGGUCACAACUAAAAAUUCUAAUUAAUCACUUUAUCGUGAUAAUAAAAGAAAAUAUUCUGC